AUGGUGUCCUCCACGGACGUGCCCCUUCUGAUAACACACUCCGAGCAUGUGAAACUAAGUCUCGCCACCUUUGCUUCUAAGGAGCGUCCUGGCUGCAUGUCCCCCAGGACAGACUUGUUUGCCUUUUUGCCGAUCAAUGUGUACAGUCUGGCAGUGCUGCUGACACUUCUCCGGGCUCAUUGCCGUGGUCGGGCCUCCCAGGAGGUGGCGGCUGUAAGGCAGAAGACGAUGAAGACACUGAUUGUGUUUGUUCUUGGCGUGGGCUUCUGGUCUUGCUCAGGAUUCCCAGUGUAUGACUAUGAGUCGUCCUCCUUGAAGGAAGCCCUGAGCGCCUCCGUGGCAAAGGUGAAUUCCCAGGUCCUGAGCCCAUACCUGUUCCGGGCAUUCCACGGUUCGGUUAAAAGGAUCAACAUCUUGGAUGAGGACAGCUUGACCAUGGAGAUAGAAUUCAGUAUCCGAGAGACUGUGUGCAGGAGGGAUUCUGGAGAAGACCCCUCUACAUGCAACUUGCAAAGGGGCUUCUAUGGGCCGGCGGCCACCUGUAGGAGCUCGGUGAAGAUGUCUGCGCAGCAGGUACAGGACGUCUGGGUUCACUGCCACUGGGCCUCCAGCUCCGAAUCCAACAGCAGUGAGGAGAUGAUUUUUGAGGACAUGCUGAGAUCUUAUAAGUGGAGAGACAAUUACCAUCAAGGUCUUAUUCCUGAUGAAUCUAGACGUGGACAGUUGUAUGAAAGGUCACCAGGCUCUGCUGUGAUCAAGUCUCCACACCUGCUGGUGAACAGCCAGACAGGUGGCCCUCGAAUUGUCCCCUAG